AUGAAGGCCACAGUCUUCCACCAGAUCAAUGGGGCCUGCGUGAGCUGUUUGGUGAAGGCCCGAGUCUUCGCCUCGGCGUCAACGCCCCGUGGUCUCACCGUGGAGUUUCGGCGUUGCAACGGCGACGCCCUUGCUUUUCAUCAGCUUUUCGAGGAGGUGUCGAACGAUUUGCGACUAAACUGCGGCCUUGCUCCAGUGGAGUCCCCGAUGAUGCCAAUAUCAGUACCUCCGCCUGACGCAGGGGAGAGUAAGGGCGCCUACUUGCAGCCGCUCGUGGACAUGGUCGGCUGCGAGGCGCCCCAUUUGGAGGCAGAAGCAGUAGCUGCGCUUGCGGCGGUGGUUGGUGCCAGCACAGCAGGAGCCACCGCCAUUCUCUCCGCCAUGAGUGAUGUGCAGAAGAUCCUGGAAGAUCUCUGCGUGAACAGGACCAUUGACAUUGCGUACCCCGCGGCACGCCUCGCCUCUGGGCUGGUACAGAACGGCGAGGCGCAAUGCGUGUCCGAGCUCACCAUGGCCGCCCUGCGAGGGGCGGCGACGGAUCACAUUGACGGAUUGGUGCGAAUGGAGUUGGCGGAGGCAGUUCGAGCCGUUGCUUGUAAGUGCGCCACGCCAGACUAUGUGUCCUCCUGCGUCAGCCGCGUAGAGCUUCAGCGGGCCUUGGAAGAGGCCUUCGCGAACUCCGCGAUGGACGAAAGUUCCGGGGUCACACGCUGCUUGCGGGAAGCCCUGUACACAUUGGAGGCUACUCCACUCAAUGCUCCGCUCAUGGACAGUGGGGUGAUGGCCUGA